AAACAGCCCUCAUCAGUCCCCUGUAAAGCUUCUCUCUCUCUCUCCGUCUCUCUCAUGGCGACCUCCGAAGAACAAAACCCUAACCCUAACCCCGAAAAACCCCCAGAAGAAGAAGAAGAGCAAGAUCCCGAAGAAAACGGCGACGAUGAGCUCGACUACGACGACGACGACGACCUCGACGAAGAAGAGGAGGACGAGGACGAAACCCCCUCGUCCCAGCGCGAGAAGCUCCAAACCCUAUUCCGCCGCCUCAGCAGCGGGCCAGUCCGGAUCCGAGUCCACGACGUGAUCAUCAAGGGCAACAACAGGACCGAUGAGUCCCUGAUCGAGGCCGAGGUCCUCGAAGCGUUCAGGUCGGCGGAGACGAUGCAGGAGCUGCUGAGGGCUGCGAGCGUCGCCAAUGUGAGGCUGCAGAGGUUGGAUGUGUUUGAUUCGGUGUCGAUUACGCUCGACGCCGGGCCGCAGGAGCUCCCGGGGACGGCGAAUGUGGUGAUCGAGGUUCUGGAGCCGAAGAACCCGCUCACGGGGGAUAUUGGGGUCUUCUCGAAGCCUGAGGCCAAAACUUGGUCGUUAGAAGGAUCUCUCAAGUUGAAAAACCCUUUUGGCUAUGCUGACAUUUGGGACCUAUCUGGAUCGUAUGGCUGGGACCAGACAACAGAAGUAAGUGCUGGGGUUUCCUUGCCCAGAUUCAAGGCAAUACCAACUCCUUUAUCAGCUCGAGUAUCAUUACUUUCUCAAGACUGGUUGAAGUUCUCAUCAUAUAAAGAACACCUCUUAGGUGUUUCUUUUGGUUUACUCUCAACUAGGAACCAUGAUUUGGCGUACAGUCUUACAUGGCGGCAUUUAACUGAUCCACUACGCAUGGCAUCCAAGUCUACAAGGAGGCAAUUAGGGCAUAGUCUUCUCUCCUCAAUAAAGUAUACUUACAAACUUGAUCGCAGAGAUUCACAGAUGAGGCCGACAAAGGGAUAUGCCUUCCUAACUUCAACGCAAGUUAGUGGGCUUGGACCAGAUAGUAAGGCCUUGAGGUUCAUACGACAGGAGUUUGAUCUCCGCGCAGCUCUACCCUUGGGCUUCUUGAACAGCGCGCUCAACUUUGGAGUUGCUGCAGGUGCUAUUAUGCCUUGGGGAAGUGGAUUCCGUACUUUACCCUCUCCUCUUCCAGAUCGAUUCCACAUCGGUGGUAGUACUUCUCCAGUCUGCACUUUGGGGGGUCCCACCUCCUUGUUAGGGUUCAGAACUCGAGGAUUAGGGCCAACUGAUUUGAGAAGGUUAAUUCCAAGAACCUCUGAUGAUCCUGACUCCCAAUCCUCUCCUGAACUGGACGUUCUUGGUGGUGAUAUUGCAAUUACCGCAUUUGCUGACCUCUCUUUUGAUUUACCACUUGAGAUUCUAAGGAAAACAGGAAUUCAUGGUCAUGUUUUUGCAACUGCUGGUAAUCUAGCUAAAAUAACAGAGGGUGAGAUCAAUAGCUUUUCCCUCCAGAAUCUUUGGAGCACAGCUCGGAGCUCAAUAGGUAUUGGGAUGAUUGUCCCUACGAAGUUGUUCAGGAUGGAGAUAAACUACUGUCACAUUCUGAAAAAAUCCGAGCAAGACCGAGCAAAGACUGGUGUUCAGUUCAGCUUCUCUGCUACUUCUUAGCAGAAGUGAUACAGUUGGUUGUGAUUGAGAAGCGCAAUGCUGAUAUUUACACAAUAAAUUUGAUGUUACUGGUUGGAUGCUCAUUUGUAUAAGGAAUUUUGGUUUCAUUUGUUGCGAGACCACGAAUAAGCCAUUGAGUUGAUAGGAAAAAUCCAGUACCUUUUCUUGGUCAAAAUGCAUCCAUCUAUUAUUCCCCCGGAUCAGCUCUGAUGUGUAUGAAGAUUUCAAGAGCCUGUGACUUUUUAUUCAUCUUGUUUUUGCUUCUUGCCAGAGGGGUUGAUUGUCUCAAGAAGAUUUUUAAAACGUUUUCCAUUAUGUGCGAAGGAAAAACCUAGUGAUGGAUUUGGUUGGAACUUGAUCUCA